GUUCCCCGUCGCCUCAGCCGCCCGUGGCCGUCAGACGCCAAGCCAAGCAAUCGCACCGGAGGGAGGAGCUCUCGCCGUCGGCCGUCGGCAGUCACAAGGCGACUCCGGACGCACCGCUUGCCGUGCGAUCAGCCCAUCCGCCCGCCGUGCGGACUCGCGAGUUGCGACCCUAAUAGCUGACUGGUUCUAGGCGUCAUUUCAGGCCCACCAACGCCGCCGCCGCCAUCAUCCAGUUCAUCCAGCUUCCAAAUGGCUAGUGAGGACUCGAAAGAUAUGCUGAAGAAUGUGGACUGGAAGACUGUGGGCGGUGCAGUGACUACUGAAUCUAGCCAACCAGUUGUCAAGAAGCGCCUUCCAAAGAAGAUCAGACAAGUCCCUGAGUGUUAUUUUCUGCCUCGGCGAUCUUUGCCUUCUGCACUGGCAAUCUAUGGUGCCGUGUGUGCUGCUGGAGUUGGUGCAGGAAUGCUUAUUGAGGUGUGGAUAAACAAAAAGAUCAAAGAGGAUAGUGCUAUUAUCUGGGAGAUGGAUAAAUGAUGUGCAGUCGUGCACCACACUAUGAUAUGGUGGAACCAUUUUCGACACUAUGAUAUUUGCUAGCUCUGAAGCUAAGAAUUUCAUUUAUAGGAUUCCUUCGUCCAUUUGUUUUAUUUUGAGUGAGGUAUUGCAAGGAUGGAUUUGAGAAUGGUGUUCAGAACGACGCUUGUCUGCCUGCUUGUGAGUCGGUUCUGCCACACUUUGAUGGUGAAGCAAAAAAAUCUGAGCCCCGACUAAUGAUGUCAUGUAGCAGUUCCUGCUUAAACUAUAGAAAUAAUUCACUUUUCCAAUGCAAACUGGUACAUCCUUGUCUGUGUAUCGCUGGUUUCGUUGUGCACACAUACUCCAAGUAUGAAAUAUAUGAUGUCUGUGCGCUCUACUUGAAGUAUGAAAUAUAUGAUGCUUCAAGUAGAGCGUCGUUAGGCACAUCAAAUUUCAUUUAUCAGAAUGACAGUGCAGUCUGAUUCUAGAAUCUAGAGUGACCAUUUUGUAGGAAUAGUCACAACAGCACUUGUAAGAAUCAAUUCAGAGUGUUUGCUUGA